GCACAUUGGCGGAGGUUGCGAACAACACAGCGCUGGCUGUGGUUGUGGUUGUGCUCCAGUGUCAAGUGUCAUCACACGUACACACACCUACCACGCACACUGCUGUCACGUACACAGCUCUCGGGCACAUCGCUCGCAAGCACGACUCACGGCAACUGACCAACGGUGGUCAAGCAAAACAGAACAAGCACACCAGCCAGCAGCUCGACGAUGGCUUUGCUGCCUGUGUUGGCGCUGAUUCUGGUGGCGGUGGUUGAUGCUGCUGAGGUGUGUCACGGAACACCGGCAGACCGGUUGCCAAACAUUCUGCACCUUGUGGCAGAUGACAUGCGACCGCAGCUGGGCGCCUACGGGCACGAGUACAUGAUCACGCCAAACAUCGACGCACUGGCACAACGGUCCCUCCUGUUCGACUUUGCGUACACCCAGUUCGCCUACUGUGCACCGUCGCGCAACUCCUUCAUGUCUGGACGCCGGCCAGACCGCACCCGUGCCCUGAACUUUCUCACCACCUUUCGCGAAGCCCCAGGAGGCAAGAAUUGGACGGCAAUGCCACAGUUCUUCAAGAAGCAAGGGUACUUCACGUCGGCAGCAGGCAAGGUCUAUCAUGACGGCAUGGACGACCCACCGUCGUGGUCAUAUCCUUCGAAUCAGACAAAGUGGAUUGAGUGCCAGCCGGGUGACAUCCACGACCCCCACUUCAACUACUGCGGCGUGACCAAGGACAGCUUGAUCCAGUACACAGACGAGGACCUGGCGUUGACGGAAGGCCUCAAGCGCAUGGAGCUCGCUCAUCAGUCUGGCAAGCCCUGGUGGGUGUCCAUUGGUGUUCAUCGUCCACACACGCCGUACCGCGUCCCCGCUGGCUUCUACGGCUCUGAGCUCUAUCCGUUUGACGUUGCGCCGCCCAAGCACCGGUACCCUCCGCAAAAUGUGCCUUAUAUGGCUGGAAACUGGGCAGACGGCGACAUCAACGAUCCUGCGCAUGGCUGUCCUUCUUGCGUUGUUCCAGACGAGCGCUCAGUCGAAUACCGAAAGUGGUACUACGCUGCAGUCACGUGGACGGACCACAGCCUGGGCCGCGCCAUCCGCAAGCUGGAGGAGCUUGGUGUCGAGAACAACACCAUCAUCGUCUUCCACAGCGACCACGGGUACCAGCUUGGCGAGCUGAACGAGUGGUCAAAGAAGACGGAUACAGAGCUGGCCGUGCACGUGCCGUUUAUGGUGCGUGUGCCGUGGAAGCAGAACAGCAUUGGCAAGCGCACAAAGGUGCGGGCGGAGCUUGUUGACCUGUACCGCACCCUCGCUGACCUGGCAGGUCUCGGAGACCAUGUGGAGGAUGGGGUACAAGGCACGUCGCUUGCAGGGGCGUUUGAUGACCCCGACGCGCCGCCGCAUAAGCUACAGACGAAGCUGGCCUACUCCCAGAUUGGCCGGUGCGCGUGUGCACUGUUUCCAAAGUACAACGUGACGCAGUGCGAUGCCAACGCGUGUGCGCACGUGCCGCUGCCCGCCUUUGACUUCAUGGGCUACACGAUGCGGACAGGGGACUACCGGUUCACAGCGUGGGUGCCCUUCGACAACACCACCAUGCGCGUGGACUGGAACAGAACGGCAGCAUACGAGCUGUAUGACCUGACAGCAGACACGGGCCGGGACUUUGACUUUGACGGCUUCUCAGUCAAUCUGGCAAACAACGCAUCGUACGCCACACUUGUCGGCAACUUCAGCCAGCAGCUGCAGCACGCUGUCAACACGUGGGACUGACCUACG